GCUUGAAGAGGAUAGGAUUAGACGAUGAAACCGAAAGGGGGUUUCAGGAAACCCUAGGACUUUCACUUCAUCAAAUUCUCAACUUUAACCAAACCAUUUUAUCUAAUCUCGUUAAUGAGCAAAAUGCUCAAUGGAUGCACCAUGCCUUCCCGGCAUGUUUCCAUGAAUUACACCCCGUGUAAGCCCCUGCCGACAGCUUCAUUGCUAGGUAUCAGGAGUUUACGGGAACCAAACCAUCGGUUCAAAUCCUGGAUAUCAAGAGGUAUGCCUGCUUUACACCUUUCUGCUUCAUCUAUGCCGCUUUUAAGUGGAGAUCAAGGUCGCAUUUCGCAUAUAAUGCCUUUAUUACCUAGGCGGCGUGGAUGUUCUCUGGUGACUCGAGCGUCAAAGGAUGUUCCUUACAGCUUUCGAUUUCCUCCAAUGACGAAGAAGCCUAGAUGGUGGUGGAGGACUUUGGCAUGUCUUCCUUAUUUAAUGCCUCUUCAUGAAACUUGGAUGUAUGCUGAGACAGCUUAUCAUCUUCAUCCUUUCUUGGAAGACUUUGAAUUUCUGACCUACCCGUUUCUUGGAGCCAUUGGAAGGUUGCCUAGCUGGUUUUUGAUGGCUUAUUUUUUUGUUGCUUAUCUGGGAGUAGUUAGGAGAAAAGAGUGGCCUCACUUCUUUAGAUUUCAUGUGGUGAUGGGGAUGUUAUUGGAGAUUGCUUUGCAAGUGAUUGGAACUGUGAGUCGUUGGAUGCCUCUUGCUGUUUACUGGGGUAAGUUGGGAAUGCAUUUUUGGACUGCUGUAGCAUUUGGUUAUCUGUUUACUGUCUUGGAGUGCAUACGAUGUGCUCUUGCUGGUAUGUAUGCUGAUGUCCCAUUUGCUUGUGAUGCUGCUUAUAUCCAAAUUCCAUAUGAUUAAAUGGGAAUAUAAUGGACGAAACUUCUUCUUCCUUCCCAUUUUGUAUUGGGAAAUGAUUAGUUUUAUGUCUAGACUCCUUUUUCUGAAUUUCAUUAAUCAUCAUAAUACUCUGUACCUUUUUAGUUGACAAUGAUAAUAGCAGUGUUUGUCUAUUAUUCAAAUGGUAAUUCAAAGCCAUCCUCUUUUUGCGAUCU